CUGAAAGAAAAUAAAUUAGAGCCAAAGUAUAACGCUAGCGCGUGUUGCUCAUUUUCAUUCAAAACGAUCUUUUCUGCAACUUCAAAAGUUUUCUCUGGCAUUGCGAAGUGAUGAUACUUUCUUAAUAAGAAUAGAAGAUUACUACAUUUUAGUAUGGCUUCUGACGGACUUAUAAGAAAGACUGAUGGAAUGCAAUGGGAAUAGAGUAAUUUUUAGAGACAAGUGAAGAAAUAUUUUAGUCAUGACCAAUUUUAUCUUCCCUUCGAAUGGAACUGAUCUUAACUUCAACUUCACCUUCAACUUCAGCUUUAAGCAAGCUUUAGAUGUUCUAGAAGAACAUUUCUCCAAAGACAGAAUUUUCGAUUAUGAAACAGAGACGAUUAUCAUAACAUGCUACGCUUUGCUGAUGGCUACUGGUUUGUUUUGCAACCUUCUCGUGUGUUGUGUAGUGCUCGCAAACACUAAAAUCAGGUCAUCUCGUAAUGUGCUGGUCAUCAAUCUCAACUUAUCAGACAUUAUUCUCUGUGUCUUCUGCAUGCCUUUUACCCUACUGGUGCUCAUCCGAAGAAGUUGGUUCCUCGGGGCUAUCCUCUGCAAACUUGUUCCCUUCGUCCAAGCAUCCACCAUCUUUGUAUCAGCUGCUACUGUACUCGCCAUCGCUAUUGAUCGUUACAAAGCCGUCAUCAGUUUCAAUCCCAAACAUCCAAAAGGGAACAGAAGAGAUAUGUUAUUCAACACCACCUUGAUAUGGCUAACGGCUUUCUUCUUCUCUGUACCCAUAUCCAUAUUUCAAGGAACAGUUCCAGUUGGGUUACCAGGACUACACAUGUAUUACAAGUGUGUUGAGCUCUGGCCUAGUUCCUUAUACAAGGGCAUGUAUACGGUGCUCAUAUUGGUGGUUCAGUUCGUCAUACCAGUUUUGGCUUUGUCGAUUACACAUUGCCAUAUACGGUCCCAUUUAAACGCCAGGGUCAUAAAGGUAGACAGUGAAAAGUUGAAAGAUCAGGGUUCCAACAUGAACCGCGAAAGAUUGCAGAGAGAUCUAAGAAGAAAUACUCGCGCUACCGUGGUCCUAUUGAACAUUUCAGUAGUCUUUACCGUUAGUUGGUUACCGUGGAAUAGUCUCAACCUCCUCGCUGAAUUCAAUCCUGAUUUUAUGGAUCCUAAGAAUCUCUAUCUUGCCUUCGCUAUCUGUCACAUGACAGCGAUGUCCUCUUCCGUUACGAAUCCAAUACUGUACGGAUGGCUGAAUAGUAAUAUUCGUCGAGAAAUGGUAAAACUUUGGUGGGUGCUUUCCAAGGUUGGUACAGCUUUCGUUUCUAACCGAAGUUCCCAGACGGACAACCAAGCUGUCCCGCAGAACCAUACCAUGAUUCGCUCUUCAGGAGGUGACUCGACAUUAAAGAGUAACAACCCAGAAAGUCAUGUUUAAUUAAUAUAAAAAUCAAUUAAAUUUUUACGUGUAAACUAAAACAAAUCCUUAAUAAGUAUUUCUCACAUAUGUGAAUUACGUAUAUAUGGGACAAACGUUUCAACAACAAGAACAACAAAAAUAUGUUGUAGUGUUAAAAAAAGUUCAAGAUAUACUUACACUUUUCAAUGAUUAAUAUAAAAGUUAAAAUUUCAACUUCUUAUUUCUUGAAUACUUCACUUUAAAUUGUUUGAGACUUUUCCUACCAUUCCCUUUCAUUUUCUCUGCCCAUAAUCGAAAGAUCAAAGAAAACGAAAAUAACUCGGAUAUUAAUUUUAUUAUUCGCAUUUGCUUCAAUGCAAUGGUUCUGAACCUGUUUUACCCCAUGCACCUCUUUCACCAUUGCUAAAAAAAUAUUCCCUCCUCCUAAACUAAACACCAAAAUUACAUAUCCACUUAUGUAAGUUUAGAAUAUUUUUAAUGAUUUAUAACUUAAAGAAUAAAAAAUAGAAAAUUUUGAUAAAUACCAAAACGUAGAUGAAAGUAGCUUUUUAUAUUCCUACAAAAAAAUAAAUAAUUAACAGGUAAAUAAAAGACUAACUCCAUUCCUCUCCCUGAAACUAUGAUCCCUCCAAAGAAGGAUUUUUCCCGGUUGAGAAUCCUAGCUUUAGCCUUUCCUUUCAUACUACAGUUUUUCAAUUGCUCCUUUCAUAUUGCUGUUCAUCAAUUUUUUUCAAACAUUAUAUUGCCAAUCGCUUUUUUGAUAAUUGAUAAUUUUGAUAAUUUUGACAAUUUUAAUAAUUUUAAUUUUGAUAAUUUUGACAAUUUUGAUAAUUUUGAUUUUUGAUAAUUUUGACCCUGAAUAACCAUUGAAAUUACUGUGUACUCUAGUUUAUUCGGGGUCAGAUUAUCCGUUUUGCGAAUAAUCUGUGCGUGGCGGUCUCACGCACGCAAACUCAACGCUGCACAAACUCAAAGCUAUUUUCUUCCAUAAUUUGAGGUAAACCUAAAAGUAGAUUCACAUAUCAGACACGUUUAACAACUGUGUGAAGUUUGCAUGCGUAGGCAGUAUAUGUUUAAUUAUUCAAAGAAAAAUAUUUUAAAUUUCAAAACGCACUGAAACCGACAAAAAGACUAAUUCCGGGUACUAGUUUGUAGAGACCUUAAAUAUCUAGGCUCGAUGAAAAACCAAACCUAAUAUUUUUCGAGAAAAGCAGCAAAUUUACAGAAAGUUAAAUGGCAACUAGCGAAUAAAGCAAGGGAAAAAAAUAAAAUAAAAUGUCCUUUAAUAUGCGACAAAUACCGUGCAUCAUUAAAACCUAAACCAAAAAUCACCAUCCAGAAAGCUUAGAAGUCAAACCAUUUUUACCUUAACUAAUUAAAUUGCUCAUAGCAGCUCACACCCUACACUUUAUCCUUAAGAAUAUAUAUUAAGAGUUCCUUAAGGGAGUAAGCAGCUGUAGAAACUUGCGUUUUCCAAAAACUUCCGCCAUGAUGGUAAGUAGAGCAGAAAUCGCCAAAUGUGGACAGCUUAAGAAUGAAAAAGAUCUCCAAGCCGCGGUUGCAUAUUUCAUAAGUGUACACCUAUAUCGCCACCGAGGGAGUGUCUUCUAGAUUGGAGCAAUGGACUUCCAGUAAUAUUUCUGUGAUUUCACAUGACAGUUAUUACAUGGCCACAGAUUCCUAGUUAAGUGAAAAUACGAAAUGAAUAACCUUGAAACACCUUCAAAGAGCAGUAAAUAAGUAAAUAUUCAAUGAAAGCAAUAAACAUGUAGAAAAAGUCAAAAAUACGUAAAAAACAGAUUGCCAAGAAAUAACACUAAUCUUAAAGAAUCACAAUAAUAUAAAUUAGAAUAUACCAGAUAAAUUAAACUUACAAAUUCUCGAAACAGUUUUUGUAAAUUGUAGAAGCAGAAAUAUUAUGUCAAAAGGAUAAAUAGUUUUUUUUUUAAUGCUAAGAUUUGGCAAGGAAAAUUCAAACACAAAACAAAACUCCCACACAUUCACUAAAAAAAUCAUGACCUUUAAUUUCUUUCAUUCUCUUUGUAGUAUGUAAUGUAAUAUUUGUGAUUUUGUUUCUGUCUCUAGCGUUUACCUACUUCUACAAAAGAACAGAAAUGGAUUCUAAAUCUUCUAAAUCAUCAGACGUCUUUCAAAAAAAUGUUGAAAAUCCUUAUGCGGAUAACAUACCUGAAGUCAAACUACAAUAUCUUACAUUUAAAGAUUAUUAGAAUACACAUGUAUUAAUUUAAUCUAUUGUUUGUUCAUGUCUUCAUUCCUGCAACGACUGGUGAACAACGUUCUAGUAAAUGUGUCCUACCUUUUUUUCUGCAAACUACUUAUAUAAAUAGU